CCGGGCCGUACAGGUGGCUUGUUAUUUCGCUGCUUUACGUGUCUAAAAACAAACAAGCGCUAACAAAAUGCCGUCGAUCGCUGGAAAAUAUCAGCAUUACAAAAAUGAAGAUAUUGAUGAAUAUUUCACAGCAGUCGGUGUACCAUAUAUGGGACGAAAAAUGAUGUCUAUGUCAUCUCCUGUUAUGGAAAUUACCUUAGAAGGAGAAACUAUGACAGUUAAAAAUUCUUCCUUAUUGAGAACAACUGAAUAUAAAUUUAAAUUAGGUGAAGAAUAUGUUGAGAACAUGCCGAAUACUUCAAUUAAGAGUGUAACCAUUAUUGUAAACGAUCAUGAAGUUCAGACGAAUUCAGUGAUCCCUGAAAACGGUACAAAAUGUGGACGCCACUACCUCUUCACUGAUGAUGAAUGCAUUAUUACACUGACACAUGACAACGCAAAGCCUGGGAAGAGGUACUUCAAAAGAAUUAACUGAUUAAUAC